AGGAGCAGCAGUGAUGGCGGACGCGGAGCCGACGCUGGACCUGACUGACACCAAACAUGAGGAAUCAGGCGAUUCUCCCGCUGACGAAGGAGAAGCGGAGCCCCAGCAGACGCAGGAGAACACCAACGGCGUUAAAACAGCUGAUGUGUUGCUGAUGAUGUUCUUUCUUGUCGUUCUCUCUCUCUCCUCCUCCUCGUUCUUCGUGGACUCGCUUCUGCAGGGCUGCGGCGUGGUUGAGUUCAAAGAUGAAGAGUUUGUGAAGAAAGCCAUCGAGGUCAUGAGCAAACAUGAUCUGAACGGACGGCCGCUGAACAUUAAGGAGGAUCCGGACGGUGAGCAUGCGCGGCGUGUCCUGCAGAGAUCGGGCCGGAUGUACGGAGCGGGCCGAGGGCAAGACAUCCCUCCCUCCAUCGCCAACAACCCCAACAUCCCUCCGGAGAUCAUCAGCGCGCUGCAGGCCGGACGGCUCGGCACCACCGUGUUCGUCGCCAACCUGGACUUUAAGGUGGGCUGGAAGAAGCUGAAGGAGGUGUUCAGUAUGGCGGGGAUGGUGAGGAGGGCCGACGUUAAAGAAGACCAAGACGGGAAGAGCCGAGGCAUGGGGACCGUCACCUUCGAGCAGCCGCUGGAGGCCGUACAAGCCAUCUCCAUGUUCAACGGUCAGAUGCUGUUUGACAGACAGAUGCACGUGAAAAUGGAUGAUAAAUCGCUUCCUCCAGAUGACUUCAGGCCUGCAGAGAAAGCGCCACAGUUACCCAGAGGUCUGGGAGGCGUCGGGAUGGGUUUGGGUCCCGGCGGUCAGCCAAUAAAUGCCAACCGUCUCAGUGGAGGGGCCGUCGGCUCCAUGGGACCCGGAGGGAUGGAUGGGCCGGGAUGCAGCAACAUGAACCACAUGAGUGGGAUGGGCGGAGGCUUCUCCGGGAUGGACUGCAUGGGUGGAAUGGGAGGAUUCAGAGGCAGAGACAUGGGCCGAAUGGGAGAUGUGUAUCGCUCUGGAAUGGCAGGAAUGGACAGAGACUUCGGCAGAAGUGACAUGGGAAUGAAUCGCCCCUUUGGAGACUCAUUUGGAGGUCUGGGUGGAGGAUAUGCAGGAAUGGGGAAUGCUGGGAUGGGACCCAUGGGCUCUGGAUUAGGUCACACGCAAAAUCACAUUCAUAUGCUAUUGUGUUUGAUGAGAAUCGUCUCUGUGUGUGUUUCUCCGCAGCUCUCGUACGAUCUGACCUGGCAGAAGCUCAAGGAGAAGUUCAGUCACUGCGGUCAGGUGAUGUACGCUGAAAUAAAGAUGGAGAACGGCAAAUCCAAAGGCUGCGGGACGGUGCGCUUCGACUCUCCUGAGAGCGCAGAGAAAGCCUGCCACAUGAUGAACGGAACCAAGAUCAAUGGACGAGAGGUUGAUGUUCGUAUCGACCGCAACGCUUGAGACACACACUCUCACACUCACACACAGACACAUACAGACACUCACACACACACUCACACACUCUCUCACACACUCUCUCAC